AUGGCUGGAACAAAGGACGAUCUUAAAGUGGUAGAGCCACUGCCCGUCAAUGACGAGCGGACACCACUGCUCGGAAACCAAUAUGACGAGCCUCCAGACCCCGCGAACGCCUCGAUAGAAGCGCAAGCCGAACAGGAACGACGAGAGCACGAUACUGGCGCCACGCCUGUCGCGGAUGAGCCUAGUACAAAGCAGCUCUUGGCUACGAUGAGCAGUCUGUGGCUGAGUACCUUUUUCGCAGCAUUAGAUAGCACUAUCGUAGCAACCUUGUCAGGUCCCAUCACUGCAUCCUUUCACUCUGGCACGCUCUUCUCAUGGAUAGCAUCUGGCUACUUGAUCGCAAAUGCAGCCUGCCAACCCCUCUCAGGCAAACUUACGGACAUCUACGGACGCCGGGCAGGCCUCGUCUUCGCCAUCACCUUCUUCGCUGCCGGGACGCUGAUUUGCGGUCUCGCCACCGACGGCUGGGUCAUGAUCCUUGGCCGCGUCGUAGCAGGCGCUGGCGGUGGCUGCCUCAAUACAAUUUCCACCUUUGUUGGUAGUGAUCUGGUUCCCCUGCGCAAACGCGGGGUUUGGCAAGGCAUCGGUAACAUCGUCUUUGGCAUGGGUAUGGGUCUGGGCGGCGUUUUCGGUGGUGGGAUCAAUGACAGUAUCGGCUGGCGCUGGGCUUUUUACAUCCAGGUUCCCUUCAUCCUGGUCGCCGGCAUCGCAGGUUAUCUCACGGUCAAAGUACCCGUCAAGGAGACAGAGGAGUCGAAGCUGAAGCGUGUGGACUUCCUCGGCGCUUUCUGCCUCGUGGCUUGCCUGGUCCUCCUCUUGCUGGGGCUAAACAGUGGCGGCAACAUUGUGCCCUGGAACCAUCCGCUGGUUUACGUCUCGCUUCCGCUGUCCUUCAUCUUCCUGCUACUGUUCAUCUAUGUCGAGGACCGGGUUGCCGCCGAGCCAGUGAUACCAGUCCGGUUACUCUUGAACCAAUCCGUCAUGGCCGCCUGCCUUACGAACUGGUUCAUGACCAUGUCUGUCUUCGCUCUGAUCUACUAUGGACCGAUCUACUUCCAAGUCGUUCGUGGAGUCAGCUCGACGCGUGCCGGCACGCUAUUCAUCCCGCAGUCAGUCGGCACUGCUUUGGGAUCGCUCGGGUCGGGCUUGAUCAUGCGCGCGACCGGCAAAUACCGAUUACUCAACCUCUUCGCACAGCUCUUGAGCUUGACGUCCGCCUCGCUCAUCCUGGGGACGUUCAAUGCUACCGUGCCCGAUGCGCCACCGUUCAUUUACCUCUUUAUGGAAGGCACGGCUUACGGCUCGAUGCUGACGAUUACACUGAUCUCUCUGAUCUCGGCUGUGGAUCACAAGUACCAGGCCGUCAUUACGUCUGCGUCGUAUGCCUUCCGCUCAACGGGUAGCUCUAUUGGUAUUACCAUUGCCUCCGCAGUCUUCCAGAACACACUGCAGCAGCGGCUCUAUGAUCGGUUUAGCCCCUUGCCUGGCGCUGCGGACGAAAUCAGGCGGAUACGGGAGUCGGUAGAUGAGAUCAAGCAUCUACCAGAAGGGUGGCGUGACGGCGUCAUGGAAGCAUAUGUUGAGGCGCUCAGAGGCGUUUGGGUGGUGGUGCUGGGCUUCGCGGUCUUGGCGUCCAUCACAAGCUUCUUCAUCCGGGAGCAUGUCUUGCAUAAGAAUCUGGCGAGGAAAUAG